AUGGCAGUGAACACCGCGUCAGACACUUGGACCGCGCAGAAGCUGUCAUCGCUGUACGACGUUAUGAGACGUCGCUUACUAACCUGGUGUGCAGGCUUGAUUGAAGUUCCGGACUUUAUCUGGAACCGAGUCGAUCCGCUGGGUCCCAAUGCAGCAUUGCGAACCAAGAUUACUUGGGGAGUCGCAUACCUCCACCGUACUGCGAGGGACUUCAUAGAGAGCAAAUCAGUUUGGAGUAUGCUCCUGAAGCAUACCGAUACAAGAUUUGACCCUUGCACGUCACUGCUCGAGUCCACCCGAGCCGAAGAGACCACGGGAGAAGCACAUCUCGAAGUACUCGAGGAGCUGGACAAGGUCAUGACCCGCCACCUGAUCGGGUGGACGGGAGAAUAUCCCGGACACUGGAGUCUGUUCCUUGGUGUUGCAGGCGCACCCAACACUCUUUACUCCUUGGUAGAAAUGGAUGUCUUUUAUGAUCUUCAUCGAUUUAUCCUUGCAAAAAUUGCCUCGGAUUACGUCGAGUAUCUCAACAAGGAUAACAUCAAGGAAGAUCUCCCAUUUGUUCGUGAGUAA